AUGGCACCAGCGAGAAAGAAGAGCCGCUUGUCCAACGAGAACGAAGCGGACUCGCGCCCGCCACAUCAGCAGCAACAACCACCGACAGCGCAGCUGCCUGACGGCCAAUCGGGCAGCGACACACAUGCGCAGGGAGAUGCUGCGACCAAGCCUCCACCCUUGGACACAGCGGCAUCCGAUCAGACUAGCGCUCCAAGCAAGCAGUCUCCGGGCAAUCGAGGCAGUUGGUACUCGUCGACUUCAUGGCGCAGUAAAGCAUCGCCUGUCGCGCAGGUUGCACGAGAGAGCAUCUCGGUAGACAAGGGAGUCAGCUCCGAGGCGUCAAGCAAGGCAGACACGGCACGUAGACCCAGCCAGAGCGUGAGCAAGAGCUUCAUGGGCAGCAGAAAGAGCAUUCCAUUGGUUGCAGAGACAUCCAAAGUCUAUGCUACCAGCGACGUGAGCUCACCGUCAUGGCAGAAGAGGGCUUUCAGCGGAGAGGAGAAGCCCAAGGCCGAAAUGUCUAAGCCGGUUGAGGAGAAGAAGAAGAAGAAGAAGAAGAAGAAGAAGAAGAAAGAGGCUGAGCAGGUGGAAGAAGCUUCGGAACCGUCAGAAUCAGUGACCAAAGAUACCGACUCGAAAGCGGAAACAGCGAGCAUAUGGCCGCCUAGCGGGACAUGGUUCGGUUGGUGGUCAAGGCCCGACGGCUAUGGUAGUGAGGCUGAGACAGGCAAGAAGAGCGAUACCAAGGCGAGACUGGAUGGCGCAGACGCAGAAGAUGCGAGCGACAGACUGACGACAGAAAGUACCCAAGACACAGAGGCGGCGAACAUUGUGCCGAGUGACGGGAUGCCUAUGCAGGCAGAGCCGACAACCACCGAAGAUGUCACUGCGCAGAAGAAACCUGAGAUGACCGCGAGUACUUCUAGUCGCUCGUGGUUCGGGCUGUGGAGCUCCUCACAGAACGAGCAAGCGAAGACCGAGAACGAACAGGUGAAGAGUGCCAGCAAGCCGCAGUCAACAUCAGAGCCUGCGCCAGAUGUUGCGGUCGCGGCAGACCCGAAACAGACCGCGAGAGACGUGAAAGACGUGAAAGACGUGACAGAGGCGGGGCCCGCGAAGCCUAUCAAGGACGAAGAGCGACCUAAAUCCUCUGGCUGGGCAUUCUGGUCAAGUGAUAAGUCGAAAGAUGUCACCCUCGAAUCGGAUGGCGACCAGAAGCAGAUCGGGGAGCUGGCUGUUGCCGACACGCCUUCACAAAGUCACCCAGAAGCUGCGCAGUUCAACCAGGAAGGCGAGCAGCGAAAGGCGAUCAAGUCUGAGACACCAGCCGAGCCCAAACGCGCAAGCUCGCUCCUUCGUCGCACUCGUGGGCGGUCGGAGAAGUCCAAAGAUCUCUCCGGAGAGACCACAGCUGCUGCAACGCCCGUAGAUUCACGACUACCAACACCCGCGGUCACGCAGUUCCACACGCCUGCUGACACGCCAGAAGCUUCGCCGGCUCCGCGAGGCAAGCAUCCUGCACAGUCCCGGCCCAACCUCAUCCUACCGACUUUCAGGGAUACCUAUCCUGCAUCACCAAGUGCUGGAGUCCUGGACCGCCUGACAAAGUACGUUGGAGAGACCUUGAGGCUACCUGGCUACAGUAACGAACGGCCGUCGCCACAUCCUUUCGUGACUUCAAGUCCACCCAAGGUUAGGAGGGCUAUCGCUAUCGGCAUUCAUGGCUACUUCCCGUCUCCGCUGCUCCGGAGCGUGAUAGGCCAGCCGACUGGGACAUCCAUUCGCUUUGCGAAUUAUGCUGCAGCUUCCGUGAAGCAGUGGUGUCAAGAGCACCAACCAGAGGUCAAGGACGUCGAGGUGGAGAAGGUUGCCCUCGAAGGCGAAGGCUACAUUGCUGAUCGGGUCACGACACUUUGGAAACUGUUGCUGAAUUGGCUGUCUCACCUUCGACAAGCAGACUUUAUUCUGGUCGCUUGUCAUAGCCAGGGUGUACCCGUGGCCAUCAUGCUGGUCGCCAAGCUCAUUCAACUAGGUGCACUUUCACCCCACGUCCGGAUUGGCAUAUGUGCUAUGGCUGGUGUGAAUCUCGGGCCAUUUCUUGAGUACAAGAGCAGGCUCUUCGGCGGCACUGCCUUGGAGCUGUUUGACUUCUGCGACAGUAAGUCGAAGGUCUCGGUCGCAUAUACCGACUCACUCGACAUCUGCCUCCGCCAUGGAGUCCGCUUGACCUUCACAGGCAGCAUUGAUGACCAGCUUGUGAGUUUGGAGUCAAGUCUGCACGUCCCGCUCAGCCAUCCCUAUGUGAACCGGCAAGUCUUCAUUGACGGUCGACUACAUAAAUCCAACUUCCUGACACACCUUGUCGUGUUCGCCAUCAAACUGCGGAACCUUGGCGUCACCGACCACGGCCUGUUGCGUGAGAUCUCAGCACCACUGGCUGGGAGCUUGGUAGGAGGCGAGGGUCAUAGUCGUGUUUACGAUGACCCGGCUGUAUAUGCGAACGCCAUCGAGUUUGCACUGGAGAGCACCGACGUGCCCUCUGCGUCCUUUUCGCCACCACCGAAUCCCGUGACGACCGACGAACAGAAGCGAAAGUCUUUGGAAGAAGCAACGCAACGUCGUGGAUCUCUUGCAUCGUAUCCGGCGAACAUGACUGCAGCCAACCAUAUGCGACGAGGAUCACUUUCGUCGUUGAUACUCGCGCCACCCGGGAUAGCGCCCAUCGUUGCGCCUUACGAAGCACCAGGCGCCGUCGGUGCUGCCGAGAAGAACCCCUUUGUCCUACCUUGGGCAGUCCGCGGCAUGCUAGAGGAAGACAUGGUCAAGCGAGACGCAAAGAUGCAGCAUGAGGUGAAGGAACUUGUUCGCGAAUUCGAAGCCUGGAGGCCGAGCAGUAAGGUUUUGAAGGACGUGAGGUGGAGGUUGGAGGGUGUUAGGAGUAUGCUUUGA